AUGCUUCUCAUCGUGGAUUUAGCCCACUUCGACGAUCGUUUAGUCAUACCAACAUCCUCACUUUACUAUGAAUCACAGCUUAGACCCUCGGAUGAUUCUUGUGACGUCGUUUAUAGUUCUGGAAAUGCAGAUCAGAAGUUUGUAUAUCAGUCACAGCCAUCUCCCGAUGUCUUCUCGCAAAGUGGUAGCGUAUCUCAGCCAUCAUCUGCUAAUACCACGCCAGCAUCGAGUCUAAGCGUGGGGAGUCAGUAUGUGGCACCUGCGUCAGCACCUGUUGAAAAAUGUACAUGUAAAACCAACACCAAUCGUAUUCCCAGACCUAGAAAUGCAUUUAUAUUGUUCCGUCAAAAGAACCACCAGCUGGUAUUGGAAGAAGGAAGCGUGAUAAGAACCAACCCCGAUGUGUCGAGAGAGUUAGGUAGAAGAUGGAGAUCACUUUCUGUGCCCGAAAAGAACCAUUGGAACAAGUUGGCAGAGGAAGAAAAAGUGGCUCAUGCUAAAAAGUACCCAGGCUACAAAUACACCCCUAGAAGAAAUGGUAAAAAUAAGGGGUGUCCAGCUUGUAGACAGAAGUCAUUGAAGCAACAGCAGGUACAAUUGCACAACCAACAAAUGUAUCAGUUACAACAAGGCCAAUAUCAACAGUACAUGCAAAUGCAACAACAGCAACAGGCUGCAGCCAAUUUACAGACUCCGAUACCGCAAAACAUAGCGUCCAGUAACCCUAAUGGCCAGCCUUUGGUUAAUGUCCCAUUGACGCAGUUCAUAGUACCACCAAACCCUUAUCCGCAACAAAACUUCCAAUUUGCGUUUAACAACGAUAUGAACGUUAUUAACCAACAGCAAUUGCAGCAGCAAUUGCAACAAGAUAAGGCAUCUCCUUUGUCUGUAAUUCCAGGCCAAGUUCCUACUAUCAACCAAGCAAAUUCUGACUUUUUGAAUCCUGUUAAUGCUUCGCAGAUGCAACUAAACUACGAUCAAAAUCCUCAAUCUGCGAGAUUCAACUCAUUACCAACUCCUAUGGGCUCCAAUUACGGAUUUGAGUUCGGUAAUAUGCAUCAACAGUCGUAA